AUGGCUGCCUUCAACCCUCUAUCGAUGCUGGCGGAGCGGACGUGCGCACCCAUCUACAGCGCCAUCGACACCGGCAACGCUCCGCUGGCCAUCAAGCACGCUGACCGGAUCCUCGCCGCACAGCCGACUCUCUCGCUGGCCAGCGCGCUCAAGACCAUCGCCCUCAUCCGCACCGGAAAAAAGACAGAGGCGAGCAAGAUCUGCGACGAGCUCCUCAAGCGCGACCUCACAAAGGGUGGGGACGAUGCCGCCCUGCACCCGCUCACCUGGUCCCUCUCGAGGCUCGGCAGGGGCAGCGACGAGGUCGUCCUGCUGGAAAAGGCUUCCAAGGCUCAGCCCAGCAACGAGGACCUCGCCAGGCAGGCGGUGACGGCCAUGAUCAAGCACAAGCAGUAUCAGAAGGCGCAGCAGACCAGCUUCAAGAUGCACAAGUCCUUCGACGGACGCCGCAACGAGCGCAAGCUCCGGUGGCAGUACUUCUGGUGGUCGAUUCAGAGCUACAUCCUCCUCUCGCGCCAGACGGGCGAGCCUGCCGCUGCGCUUGCGCUGCCGCUGUGCGAGCGGAUGAUCGCCAACCAAGCAAAGACGCAGCAGCCGCUCGACGAGGAUGCCGAAGAGGAGCUCGCCCUGCAGCUCAGCGUGCUGAACAAGCUGGGCAAGAAGGCAGACGCCUUUGCCCUGCUGUCCGCAGCCGACUCUCCCGGCGGCAAGCUGUGCCAGCGAAGCCUGAGCCUCGAGUUUCUCCGCAGAGAGCUGGCGGAGGAGCUUGGCGAAUGGAACUUCGUCAAGGAUGAAGCGCAGGCGAAGCUCGAGGGAGGAAGCCGCAAUUGGGCCCAUGUGCUGGCCUUCAUCCAGGCUUCCACCAGGAUCGGCGGCGACAGUAUCGAGCGGGCCUCUGACUUCAUCGACUCGCUGGCGUCGUCGGCAACAGGCAAGCAAGACCGGUCGGCACGGCUGGCCCAGCUGGAGGUGCUCAGGGCGAGUCAGGGUGCGCCUGCCUCUGCAGGCGUCGAGACUUCGGAACGAGCAUCUGACCUGAUCGCACGCUACUUUGAGACGUUCGGUUCCAAGCCAUGCUGUCACGAGGACGUGCUGCCGUACCUCAUGCUGGUCUCUUCGGACCACCGGGCGCAGCUGAGCAGCAAGCUGGAGAGCAAGCGCAAGGCGCUUCCCGUCAAGGAGGAAAAGGAGCUGAGGUGGAACAUCAACAUCUCGAAGCUCCAGCGCUCCAUCUGGCCCCGGGAGCAGAUCACUCUGGAGCGGGAGCUUGGGCUCGCUGCCGACAGGCUCAAGGAGUACUUGCAGGGCCUCGAGAUCGGGAAGGAUCUCCCAGACACCGAGAUGCAACCGGCCGACGAUCUCGCCUUGCUCGCAUGUCAGUCGCUGGUCUCGGCGUGUCACCUGGCGCCUCGAUCGAGGAUCGGCAUCCUCCACCGCGCCGUCACGCUGCUCGAAUUUGCGUGCGGAAAGAGCAAGAAGGGCUACCAGCUGCGGAUGCUCCUGAUCCGAUGCUACCUGAUGCUGGGCUGCUACGAUCGAGCCUCGAUCCACUACAAUCUGAUCGGCAUCAAGGUGAUCCAGAACGACACGCUGUCGCACCUCAUCAGCGACCGCGUCUCGACGUUUGGCGUCUCUGCGGCACCGGCGACGCCCAACAGCAAAACCUCGGAGACUGGCUUCAAGUUGCUCGUCAACAAGGCGAUUGUCGCCGCCGAGGAGAUAUACGACGAGAACUCGCGGUCCACGCCCGAGAUGGUCGUCAAGUGCCUCGAACACGGCACCUUUUCCCGGGUCGAAGAGUUUGUCGACUUUGGCGAGAUGGUCGAGCGGUCGAUCCAGCGUCAGGUGCUGCGUCUCGAGUCGGCACGGUCCAAGAGGCUCAGCCUGGCUUCGACCAAGGUGCCGGCCGCGGACCGCCAGCGUCUGACAGAGGAGAUUGCAUCGCUCACCGCUGCCGUCAAGCUGGAUCUCGAUCGAGGCUGCCACGACCAGCGGGACUUUUCCAUCUUGCCCAACUUCCAGCCGCUCGAGACGUCGAGUAUCAUCGAGCAGACUUCGCUCGGCCCGAUUGCAAAGACUGGGUGGUUGAAGUGCAUGCACCACCUCCACAGCCCCACCACCUUCAACGCCGCCACCGACAACGCACCGACCGAGGCGGAUCGUGCCGAGUUGAGCGAGGUCGAGGGGGAGAUGUACGACCUCGUCACGGCGCACCGCCAGGAUAAAGUCGACGAGUUGGCCGUGGACCACUUUUUCAGCGAACGACGGCAACGUAUCGCCACGCUCCUCGACCCCGACAACGCGGACGGUACGAGGCCUUUUGACGUCCUCGCCCUGCUUUCAACGACACUCGAGACCUACUCCCUCGUCGUCGUCCUGCCCUCGUCCUCGACGGGCCCUGCAUCGAAAGCGGAGGCGGCGAGGAGCCACCUCGUCGCGAUUUCAAACAUCGUCGACGACCACAUCAAGGCGACGACGACGGCGACGACGGUAGAUGGACACGCACAGGGACGGGGACGGGAGGAUGUCUUCGAUUCGGCAUUCGCCUCUUCCCUCGACGACGGGGACAAGGUACGUUCGUUGAUCCAGGCCACGCGCGACAAUACGUCAAAGAGCCUCGUCAAGAUCCUCGCGGCCUACCGAGACGCCCUCGGCCACGUCUAG